AUGUCUGAUGCUGCAGUGGUUUGCAAGCAGCUGGACUGUGGGUCUGCUGUUCAAGCUCAUUUGUAUGGAUACUUUGGGCCAGGAUCUGGCCCCAUUUGGAUGUAUGGCGUUCAGUGUGACGGCAACGAGGCUGCCCUGUCUGACUGCACAAACACAGAAUUUUAUCGAGAUUACUGUGAUCACACUCUGGAUGCUGGAGUUACAUGUUCAGGAUUUGUCCAGCUGGUUGGAGGGGACAGCCCCUGCUCAGGACGAGUGGAGAUCUAUGACAAGGACCAGUGGAAAGCUGUCUGUGACUCAGACUUUGGUCCCAAAGCCACUGACGUGGUCUGUGGGGAGCUGCAGUGCGGCGUAGCCCUGUCCAUGCCUGGGGCAGCUCAUUUUGGAAAAAGUGGUGGUUCCAUCUGGGACAGAGAGCUGCAGUGUUUGGGGAAUGAAUCCCUUCUCGCCUCCUGCCCAAGAGGGUCCCCCAGGGACCAGCCCUGCACCCAAGCCAACACUGCCGGUCUCACCUGCACAAAGUACACAGGGUUCAGGCUGGUGAAUGGCAGCACAGCUUGUGAUGGAAGAGUGGAGGUCCAGGUGCUGGGGACCUGGGGCACCCUCUGUGCUUCCCGUUGGGAUCUCUUGGAUGCCCACGUUCUCUGUCGCCACCUCAACUGUGGGUUUGCUGAGUCCAUUCCUGGAGGAGGGCAUUUUGGGAGAGGCACGGGCCCCACCUGGAGAGAGUCAUUCCACUGUGAUGGGACUGAAGGCCACCUGGGACAGUGCCCAGUGACUGCCCUGGGAGCCUCACCGUGCUCCCACGAGAAUGUCGCUGCUGUCAUUUGCUCAGGUGACUCCGCAUCCCUGCGGCUGGUGGGUGGAGGGAGCCGGUGUGACGGGCGAGUGGAGAUCUUCCAGCGCGGGAUGUGGGGCAGAGUCCUGGAUGACCAGUGGGACAUGCAGGAGGCCAGCGUGGUGUGCCGGCAGCUGCGGUGCGGAGAGGCAGAGACAGCCUACAACCCCCCGAAGCCUGAGAGAGGGACAGGUCCCGUGGGGCUGCGAGGGGUGCGGUGUGCAGGGCACGAGGCCAACCUGACCCUCUGCAACACCUCCCUGGCCGAGAGUGCGCUGGCAGCAAGUAUUGCAGAGGAUGUGGGGGUCGUUUGCUGGGGGAGCCGGCAGGUCCGGCUGGUGAACGGGUCCGGGCGCUGUGCUGGGAGAGUGGAGAUCUACUACCGGGGCAGCUGGGGGACCAUCUGCGAUGAUGGCUGGGACCUGCUCGAUGCCGUCGUCGUUUGCCACCAGCUGGGCUGCGGAGGGGCGGUGGAGGCGGUUGGCUCUGCUCGGUUCGGGGAAGGCUCUGGGCAGAUCUGGCUGGAGAGUGUGAACUGCUCUGGGGCCGAAGCUGCUCUCUGGGACUGCCCGGCAGGGUCCUGGGGGAAGCACGACUGUGGGCACAAAGAGGAUGCAGGAGUCGUCUGCUCAGAGUUCGUGGCCCUGAGGCUGGAGAACAGCACCAACUGCUCCGGGCGCCUGCAGGUUUUCUAUAACGGGACAUGGGGGAGCGUUUGCUCCAACUCAAUGACUCCCAAAACGGUGUCGCUGGCCUGCAAGGAGCUGGGCUGUGGGGAUGCAAAAUCCUUGGAACGAUACCCGACCUCUGGCAGGCUGACUGGCCCCGCCUGGCUGGAUCGCGUGGAGUGUGGGGAGAGAAACAGCUCCUUCUGGCAGUGUCCCUCCGCUCCCUGGGACCCACAGUCCUGCGAUGACCUGCGAGAUGAGACCCACAUCACCUGCAACGGGAGACAGCCAGAAAUGCCCCCGGCCCUGGGGGCCACGUGCCCAAACUCCACGAGCUGCACAGACAGGGAGAAGAUUCGUGCUGUGGGAGGCGAGAAGGGGUGCUCGGGCAGAGUGGAGGUGUGGCACCAUGGCUCCUGGGGGACGGUGUGCGACGACUCGUGGGACAUGCAGGAUGCCGAGGUGGCAUGCAGGCAGCUGGGCUGUGGCCCCGCAGUGUCUGCCCUGGGCGAGGCUGCCUUUGGGGAGGGGACGGGCCCCAUCUGGCUGGAGAAGGUGGAGUGCCGGGGGACAGAGCCGUCUCUGCAGGACUGCUGGGCCCAGCCUGGGGACAGCGGUGCCUGCCGGCAUAAGGAGGACGCUGCCGUCAACUGCUCAGGUGAGGGGCAGGGCUGGGACCCCUCACGAGGGUAUUGGCAAGGAGCUGGGGCAGGCGGCCGUCCGACGGGCAGCGGGAGAGUCUCAUUGCCCGUCAUCAUCUGCAUCAUCCUGGGAGCCCUUCUCUGCCUGCUCCUGGCCCUCCUGGCCGGGCAAGUGUGGAGCGCUAGGGCUGGGCGCAGAGGCUCCGAGAGAGCUUGGGAGCCCUUCCCUGAGGCCCUGUACGAGGAGAUCGGUUACAGCCCGGCGUGGGAGAAGCAGGCAAGGUUCAGCGGCUCAGGCUCCUAUUCAGAGGGAUCCAUGACCAAGGUGCAGCCCCAGCCCGGGGACAGUGAGGAGGAGGAUGGUCCGGGGUCAGCCCCAGACGUCCCUGUCUGGCCCAGAGGUGACCCAGCAGAUGGCUAUGAUGAUGCCAGGGAGGUUUCUGACCCUGGGGAGGAUCCUGCCUCUGGUCAGGGAGACUGGGAAAUGCCCAGGGCCCCAGAGGAGGGAGCAGGGCCCAGGGAUGCACCUGGAGGUGAGAGGGAAAGAUAG